AGUGCUGGCGAAGCGAGGGUAGCGGUGGUCUUCGUCUAAUCGUGUCGCCGGUACGAGAAUUUUUGUGCAACCCUUGUGCGGUAAUUUAUGUAUCCGAAGUCGGUGCGCACCUAUGAUGACGAUGUCUAAAAGCCUGUAGCGAGAAUUACGUGCAGAGGCGGUGCGAAUAACGUGUUAAGCGCUUUUGUACUGUUGACAGCGAGGUAGGGCCUAGUACAUGGCCGCGUCCAUGUCUGCGAAGGACUUGUUUACAGCCUAUUGAAAGCGCCGUUCGUGGAUUCUGCAGCUGCUUGGUCAUCGUUGCGUUAUACGUAAAUUAUUCCAUUCAUUUUGCGCAGACAUUAGACGCAACUUUCUGGUAACUCACUCACUUCUGACGCUUCCUAGUGCUACCGCGGGCGUUCGCUCUACAAGCCGCUUGGUGUACUGCGCAUUGUUCUCUCAUCGUUCGAGUGCAAGUGUUCGAGGCACCCGACAAAUCUGCGAGCGAUGGAGUAUCCAGCUAAAGCGAGCACGGUCAAUGGCGCGCCACAAAAGGCCAUCAAGCAUCAGGACACGAGGCUGAGAAACGACGAAGGUACUGACUACGGCCGCGCAGAAACGAUUGAAGAUAUUAUAUCGGAGUUGAACGCCACCGCAAAGAAAGACCCAGCGCUGGCUGAAGCAUUCGACGAUGUGAUAUUGCGCGAUGACGGACAACAGUCCAUCGAUGCCCUGGAGCAGUGCGAUUCCAUUACUGAAGUGAAGGAUUCAACCGGCAGUAAGGACGGCGGCGAACUGGGCAGCACGCCGACUUCCGCGCGUGAAGAAGCCAAGUCAGCGGUUGGAUUGGCAGAUGUUUCCGCCUCCGCAGAAGGUGAUACCACUGCGGCGACCAAUGCAAGCGAAGUCGAUUCGCAGGAUACCAGCAAAGUGGUAAAGGCUGCCAAUGGCGACAGCGACCGGCCCUUAGAAAACCAGGAAGUGUCAGAGUGUACAGACACUGUUGAAACCGACGGAGAGGAAAAAUCUGCUAACGAAUGUGCCGAAAUCGAAGCAGUUGAUGUGCUGGAUGUGGCAAAUGCGGAUGAUAAUUCCGUCGAGAUGAUCACUGGUGAGAUAAAGGCACCAGACGAGGCUGUAAUGUCGCCACGCAGAACUGCCCGUCAGAGAACAGCUAGUCUAAAGGUGACAGAAAAUGCCACCAUUAGUCCCAGACGCAAGCCUCGUCAUGGUAGUGAAACGUCUGAUGUGUCCCCUGUUGAUUCGUCAUCCAAACAGCAAGAACUGAAAAAGGACCAUGUUACCUCAGACAGCGAAGAAGUUUUUAUUGCCCUGUCAACGAGGAAGCUCAGAAAGCCAAGUGGAGAGGGUAGUGGUGCCAAGAUUGCAGUGAAAGCCAAGGUCAACAGGCCCAUUUCAGACAGUGGUGGUGACAGCCCUCUUGUAAAAGUGCAGCGCAAUCUCAAAUUAGCAAAAAAGGUUCCUUCAGAAAGCAAAACUGGCAGCAACAUUCCUGCAAUAAUGAAACGCAGUCCCAAACUUGCAAAAAGGCUUGCUUCAGAUAGUGAAGGUGACAGCCCUCUUGCUAAAAGGAUGCGCAGUCCAAAACUUGCAAAAAGGCUUGCUUCAAGUAGUGAAGGUGACAGCCCUCUUGUUAAAAGGAAGGGCAAUGCCAGACUUGCAAACAGAAUCAGUUCUGAGGGUGAUAGAAGCAGUCCACUGGCAAAAAGAAUGGGCAGUGCCAAAGGCCUUGUGAAAAAAAUGCCCCAGCACAGUGAAACAAAGAAAGCCGAUGCACAGUCUGUAGAGCCUCCUAGCAUGAAGAAACCAAGAAAAAGUUUUUUAAAAGAGCUCGUAGAAAAUAAAAGAACCGCGCAAAGUAACGGUCGGCGAGAUUUGCAAAGUACUGAGCAGAGCGCCAAGAAAGGCAAGCCCAUGGCGAGUAAAGUGGCGCAAAACUUGAUAAGCAAGGCCAAGAGAGCGGUUUUUCAUGUAAAAGAAUGCCCUGUGAGCAACAGCAUCUCGUUGGCCAAGCACAGCUAUGAUGUAGAGAAUCGGGACUCGUGCAGGGUGCCCAAGCCAAAAAAGGCCAAAGACAAAGCCGGCACCAGCAUGGAAGGUACUUCGGACAGCAGCGGUGCAGAGCUUAUGAUGGUCAGCAAAAAGAACAGAGCUUUGGAAUCUGCAUACAGUUGGGUAGGUCUGAAUGCCGGCAACACUGGUGCCACUGGAGUCGCUCGUGCAGAUGACAGAGGGAAUCGUUUCACUGCGCCAAACAGCUUUGCUCAAUCGGCUGAAGGUGCACGCUUGCCACCACACCACUUCAAGGCCUCUGAUCGUCACCUUCAGAAAUGCAUCCAACUGAGCACACGAAAAUUCGAGCCACCUGCCCGACCAUCCUAUCUGACUAUUGAAGUUCCAUCGGUUACAGCAGGGAGGAUGUGGGGCCCUACUUUCUCUCGCCAAAGACCAACCGUUGUAUUUGGUGGAUGUGACCCGAUGAAUACAUAUGUAAACUUGCAUGGUGUUCGUGUUCUGCUGCACCAGUGGCAAAAGGUGUCGAAUAUCACACCAACCAUUCGCCUUGUAGACAUAUUUCGGUGCUUCAAGCAUAUGUGAACUUGAAUGUUCACUCUACAUUGAAUACCUCCAUGUUGCUUCAUUUCUUCUAAAGUAUGUCAUUGUUUGUGCAAUGAUGUCAUUGUUUGUGCCCGCAUUUCUUAUGGUUUGCUUUUGCACAUCACUGUUGACAUGACAUUGGUCUGGUCACAACAAUUAAUCACACUCUUCGUCAUUCAGGUUAGGCAUUUUUGUAGGGCAGCAUUUGUUCUUGUCGAACCUCUGUAGCUGUCGAAUGUGCUGGGAGUAGUGCUUGCGAUAGAUUUCAAAGGCUCUACACUACUGUGUACAGUAAUCAUGUUUUUUUUUGAAGAUAACGCACUGCACUCAGUGCAAUCUCUUUCCUUGUGCGUAUCCUGAAACAUUCUUUUUUAAAAUUUAAUGACCUUCAGCUAUGCUGUUACUCCACAAAUCUUCACCAAAAAAUGCAUAAAAAAAUCUCUGUACUGAGUGGCUUUUUCCUGUGUUUUUGUACUUGGGUUUCAGUACAUGUUUGCAGAAUGCAGCAUUUCAAUCAUGCUUGAAUUCCAUUUAUAUUACAACUCAAUGGUGUGUAAUACCAAUGGUGCCCACAUGACAAUAAUAAAUUACUAAUGACAAAAUUUUUACUGUGUUCUUGUGCCUCUUUUCAUAUGAAUUGUCGACUGGCAUGGGUAAAGAUUUGCAUAAUCACUGUUACAGAAAUGUGGAUACCAAUUGUAUCAAGUGUUUUCAUUGUGAAACUUUGAACUUGUUAGCAUGGGCCAAAUGUAAUGAAUUUGCACAGGCAAACUCCAUUGUUUUGAUGGAAUAGAGGUGUAUAUGUGUGUGUUCUAAAAAAAAUGUGUGUGUCUGUGCUUUCAUUUUCAAGAACAAGAAGAGGAAAGGAAGAAAACAUGAAAUGUCCAAAUAAGCUUGUGCAGUUAGUGUGCUGAAGCUGCAUGGAGUCUGCUAUGGACCUAUAGCAAGCUGAACUACAGGAGGACAAAAAAGCUUGUGUAAUGUGCACCUUUAUGCUAUGACAUCAGUGCUAUGUCAUUCACUGCUUAGGCAUGAAUGCUAUGCAUGAAAACAAAGGAGUGCUGUGUAGCAGCCAACUCUACACAGCAUCCCUUUUUCUUUCACAAGUUGAACUGGUCCAACAAACAUCGGUUUCUGGUUGACGAGAUAAAUUGUGGUUGCGGCAGAAGUGUGGGCUGCUGGUCUACUGGUUGUCUGUGGCUGUUGAUGAUCAUCAUGUAGUUUAAUUGGAAGCUUAUCUCACUAGGUUUGGUCUUGGGUUUGUUAGGUAUGUAGUGGUUUGCAUGAUUUCACAUUUUCUGAGCUGCAAGAAAUGAUGUCUUUGGAAUGCAUUGCGUUAUCAGAGCACAAAUUGCUGGAAGAUGUUUGAAACUAAUUGAAAUGCUUUAAUGGUCCCGAGCUUGCGUGGCAACUGGAAACCCACAAAAAUGUGCUUCACAGCAGCUGCUCUCGUUUCUCCUGCUGUGCUACUAUCUUCUUCUUUAUGGACUUAUUUGCGAAGUCCACAAGCAUAGUGCUGGUAGACUGCACAACUGCUUGAUGGUGGCGAGGAGAGGACAAGGAUGUGUCCAUAAUUUGCGUGUAGGCCUGCCUAUUUUACCAAGGAGAAUAUGUCGUUUAAAAACCCAUAGGUUAUCUCAUGCAUUCGCUUGAAACCACUGGAAAGUAAAAGCCGUCUUGUGUUAGUCAAUAAAUUUAGACUCCCAGCUCCGCUGUGAAAGCUUUCUGCACCUAGCAUAGUUUUGCACUGCCUUCACGAUUGGCCCACCUUGAACCGUGUGAUGAUGUCAAGUGAUGACAAUGCCACGUGACAGAAUGUCAAAUUUAGGCACUUUGUGACAUCAUGUGAUGAUUUUUUUUAUCCCUCGUGUUGAUGCCCACGGUCGAUUUUUGUGCUUAAUAAGACAUCUAAGGCUUUUGCCUGAACCCUUUGCGGCCAAUCGUUAGCCCCUGCCCAAAAACACAGCACGGCAGUAGUGACUCGUGGUUUGGCACUGCUGGGCAAGUUCUUUCGCGGAUGAAUCACAUGCGUAUUUUCUCACUAUGUUGUGCACCAUCUGUAAAAAAGUAAGCUCCUUUUACUUGAGCUUUGAGUAUUUUUACUUUUGGAACAGAACGGACGGAAGGUGGAAAGGGUUUCUGACUUGAUGUUUAAAACCACACAGCAAGGUGGAAGUGUGGGCAAGAAUAUUCUAAUAGAUAAGUUGACCUGAGGAGGCUGUGGGCUUUCACACCAUUAUUGACUUGGAGGCUUUACAACUAUUUUUAGAUAAGUACAGGUGUGUCCUUGAUAAACUGUCCCCUAACUGUACUGAAUGGGUGUAGCUCAACCACUUCUCACCAGCAUCUUGAAUGUGAGGAGUGGUUAACUAACCUCCUCUUUGGCAGGUUAGUUAACGCGCCAGUGAUUUCUUCCCUCCGUUGUUUCAUUUUUUUCUGUUCAAACUUUUGUUUUAAAAUAAAAGUGGCAUUCAGUGGAGGUAACGCAUGUAUUGUUGGACUGUCAUUGUGGGAAAGGGGCUUUUCAUUGUCAAAAUGAUGAAAAUUUCUAACUGCUUCUUCCAUUUUUCAGUGUUAAUUACCAGCGGUAGUUUGCCUCAUAUUAAGAGCAAUAAUAAAUUUCAUCAAGCUAAUUUGGCUACGUAUUUGAUCAGGCUUAUCAUACACCGAACUUGAUUGUUAGACCAGAAAUGUUCAGCGUAAAAUGUUUUAACAAGCAUUUUUGGGGUGAAAAAAAUCUCAGCAUGGAAAAAUUGUUGAGAUUUCUUUUGGGUGCAGGCCCGCACUAGCAUAUGCAGUGCUCCUGGAAAGUUUUAAAAAUAUUAUUUGUGCAUUUCUUACCUUAGCUAUAGGCCGUGCUCCCUCAGCAGGUGCAGCACAGCCUACAGAGUGUCCUCCUGCUUUUCUCGACUACAACAAUGUCGUCCAGGUAGACCAGUACUCCAGGUAAACUGCUAGCAACACCCUCCAUGCAUUGCUGAUGCAUUAUCUGCUCAAAAUAAAUGCUAAAACCUAACCAAAUAAAGCAGUACAGGUGUUCGAAUGUGUGGUACCUCAUAUAACAGACAUUGGUUAAACGAAUACGGAAAGUAUCACACUGAGGGCUUCUAAACUGUUGAGAAAGGCUCAUUAAAACGUCUUCGAUUGUUCACACCUGUUGCACCAUGUGUAACAGGUGUUGCACUUGGUCUUGAUAGCAAGUGGACCAAAAAAAACUUUGAUGCAAAUUUUCGAAAAGGUCAUCCUGUCUAGCACUUUAAAAACAACCUAAAAACACUGACAGCUGACCUAAUAUUCACCGAUGUGGUAAUCUGACCCAGCUCAUGUGCAAUAUGGCCUCUGCGCAUGAUCAAUUUCUGGGUAGUUGUGCAGUGAUUGUGUAAAGACUUUUUGCAUUGUUUGAGCCUUUGAGACUGACGAGAUUUUUGAGAAUUUUGUGAAUGGAGUCAUCUGGGCAGGA